CUUAAAAAAAAACAGUCCUCCAGUCCAGGCAAGGCCACGCCAGGCAUGAUCGCUUCUAUCUGCCGGCGGCAGCUCCUCCGCCUUCGCCAAAUCCCCUCCGCCGCCGGCAUAAACCCCAGCCGGCCCAACCCCAGCGAUGCCCUCCUCUCCCACGCCUGCUCCUCAGCUGCCCUCGUGGGUGUCCCCGUCUCCAAGCCCUGCCCAACCACCAUCUCCUACCUCAUCUCCUGCGGGCUCCCCCCCGCCGCCGCGUCCGCCUGCAAGCGCCGCAUCCGCUCCACCGCCAAGGCCGACGCCGUCCGCGCUCUCUUCCGCACCUACGGCUUCACUGAUGCGGACAUCACCGAGGUGGUCCGCAGAAAGGCAUGGAUCCUCACCCUCGACCCUGACCGGAUCCUCCGGCCCAAGCUCGAUCUUUUCGCUUCCCUCCGCAUCAAGCCGCGGAGGCUCGCCACCGCGCCGAACCUCCUCGAUCGCAGCCUCGACAAGCACCUCCUGCCCCGCAUCCAGUUCCUCCGCGGCAUAAUCGGCAGCGACGGCGACGUCGGUUCCGCGAUCUACCGCGCCCCACGCGCCCUCCAGGUCGACCUGGACAAGAGGAUGCGCCCGGUCGUGGACGCCCUCCGCCGACUCGGCCUCCCCGACAAGUCCAUCUCGAAGCUCCUCACCAUCGAGAUGAGCGUGCUCACACUUUCAGUCGACCGCAUAACCCAGAUCUUUGAUGACGUCAAGGUGCUUGGCCUGGGCGUAACAGACACGGGCUUUGUCUACGGCAUCAGGCUGUUCUGCAACCUCAGUAGGGAAACGUGGCUGCGAAAGGUGGCCCUGUACCGGAGCUUCGGUGUCUCUGAGGGCGACCUCCAAAAGGCGAUCAAGAGGCAACCCACGAUACUGCAUCUCUCUGAUGAGAACAUAAAGAAGAAGCUCCGGUUCUUCCUGGAUGACUUGAAGUUUGAACUAAGCGAAGUAAUGGAGCGACCUGUGCUUAUAGAUUAUAGCUUGGAGAAGACCAUCAUACCAAGGUGUGCCGUGAUAAGCGUUUUGAUGAGGGAGAGAAAGAUUGACCCCAACAUCAAGUUACCUUCAGCAUUGCUUGGUAGUGCCAAGGGUUUCUCCAAAAGGUAUGUCUUGAGGCAUGCUCAGGAUGUGCCAGAUGUUGUUAAGGCAUAUGAGGGUAAAAUUGCAUUUGAAGGAUUUAGGGAUGGAGAUGUUUUAGUUCCACUGAAGCCAUGAGGCUUGUCUAGCAGGGUUAGAUCAUAAGGUUAGGCAAUAAGUGGCAUGUUUCCAAUGCCAUUGAGGUGAAGGCAUGCAAUGACUCUAAUGCUGUUUCAUUGUGUGAUGUUAUUUCUGGCUUUUCACUGAAGCAUCUGCUAGCUUUUCCAUUUUGUAACCUGUGGCCUAACAAGUCUUGAAAUGUGGAUCUUGUGAUGAUGUCGUGGUAUCUGGUAUGCUCAACUGGUUCAUUCAGUUUUUUUUUCAUUAUUAUUUUGAUGAAGGCUCUUCCAAUAAUGUUGGGAUAUUGAAAUAUGUCACUGGAAUGACUUAAGUGCUUCUUUUA